AAUCGAAUCUCUCCUCCUCCCCUACCUCCCCCUCUCCCCCUCCUCCGCCUUCCCCUUUCCCCCCGUCCCGUGAGCGACGCACUGCUCCCUAGCUAGUGUACCCUCCGCAUCUCUGCGCCGCCGCCGUUAACGCCUUCGCUCGCCGGCGGCCAGGUGGAAGAUGGAGGGCGGCGGCAAAGAUGGCAACCCUUUGAAGAACUAUCGUAUUGGCAAGACCCUGGGGAUUGGUUCGUUCGGGAAGGUGAAGAUUGCCGAGCAUAUAAAAACUGGCCACAAGGUGGCGAUCAAGAUCCUUAACCGUCGGAAAAUCAAAAGCAUGGAGAUGGAAGAGAAAGUUAAAAGAGAGAUCAAGAUAUUAAGGCUAUUCAUGCACCCGCAUAUCAUCCGUCUUUAUGAAGUGAUAGAUGCACCAGCUGAUAUUUAUGUGGUUAUGGAGUAUGUUAAGUCAGGUGAACUAUUUGAUUACAUUGUUGAGAAAGGUAGGCUACAAGAGGAAGAGGCCCGCCGCUUUUUUCAACAGAUCAUAUCGGGUGUUCAAUAUUGCCACCGAAACAUGGUGGUGCAUCGUGAUUUAAAGCCAGAGAACCUUCUGUUGGAUAAUAACUGCGAUGUUAAGAUUGCAGACUUUGGCUUAAGUAAUGUUAUGCGUGACGGCCACUUUCUGAAGACAAGCUGCGGCAGCCCAAAUUAUGCAGCACCUGAGGUCAUAUCUGGUAAACUGUAUGCUGGACCUGAAGUUGAUGUCUGGAGCUGUGGUGUUAUUCUUUAUGCUCUUCUAUGUGGUACUCUUCCAUUUGAUGACGAGAACAUACCAAACCUUUUUAAGAAAAUAAAGGGUGGAAUAUAUACCCUUCCGAGCCAUUUAUCAGGUUCAGCAAGGGAUUUGAUUCCAAGAAUGCUGGUUGUUGAUCCUAUGAAAAGAAUUACCAUUCGUGAAAUCCGUGAGCAUCCAUGGUUUGUAGCUCAACUCCCACGCUAUUUGGCUGUGCCUCCUCCAGAUACUGCACAACAAGUUAAAAAGAUUGAUGAAGAAACUCUUGGUAAAGUCAUCAGUCUAGGAUUUGAUAAGAACCUUUUGGUGGAGUCAAUUCAUAAUAGAUUGCAAAAUGAGGCAACAGUUGCAUAUUAUUUAUUUUUGGAUAAUAAGCAUCGAACAACAAGUGGUUAUCUUGGGGCUGAGUAUCAAGAAGCUAUGGACUCUUCAUUCUCACCCAUAACUCCAAGCGAAACACAAAGUUCGGCACAUGGAAAUCGGCAACAAUUAUAUAUGGAAUCUCCAGUUGGCUUGAGGCCACAUUUUCCAGCCGAGAGGAAAUGGGCUCUUGGGCUUCAGUCUCGAGCUAAUCCAAGAGAAGUAAUGACUGAAGUGCUCAAGGCUCUGCAAGAACUGAAUGUGUAUUGGAAAAAAAUUGGACACUACAACAUGAAAUGUAGAUGGAGUCCUGGCUUUCCUAGUCAAGAGAAUAUGAAUCAUGCCAAUUAUAACUUCAGUGUAGAACCUAUUGGAACCGAUGACCUGGGUGACAAGUUAAAUUUAAUUAAGUUUGAAAUUCAGCUUUACAAAACCAGAGAUGAAAAAUAUCUACUCGAUUUGCAAAGGGCCAGUGGUCCACAUCUGCUCUUUCUUGAUCUAUGUGCUGCCUUUCUAGCUCAGCUGAGAGUCCUUUGAUACCAAGGUGCCGGGUUUCAAGCAGGUGAACUCAAGGAAUACUGUAUCACUCUAAAGAGAUGUAAAUAGCAAGCUUUCUCCAGUAGAUCAAAUUUCUGGAGUAUGUAGACAUCGGAGCUGUUGUGUGCUUAUUUCAGCGCCUGUAUGCUGAACCAGGCCUGGCCAGGCGGCAAGCAAGCAAAGCAAAAAAGCUACUACCCUCAGGCCGUGGAAGGCACUAAUAUAGAAGGAUCAAUCUUAUUUUGACCCCGACGUACUAGUGUAGUACUACUGUUUACUGGCCUGAUGUCUCCGGACCAGAUACAUGAAUAAUUUCUGCUGUUCCAAAUUCCAAUGGUAAAUGAAAGCUGAGCUGUUUUCGGGUAGCAGGUCUA